UUGAACCACCAGUCGCAAAAUGAAUACCGUGGUGGUCGGGUUUACGUGCCUACUUCUUCCUCUACUGGGAUCCGCUCAGUUCAUCGACAUGGCGUGUGGCAUUCGUGCUCCCAAUCCCAUUGGUGCCCGCAUCAAGAACGGAACGAUCGCUGGAUUGACAUCGAGUCCUUGGAUGGCUUUCCUGCACUCGACGACAGGAAGAUUCGUUUGCGGCGGAACUCUAAUUACCCACCGUCUGGUUCUGACUGCAGCUCAUUGCUUUCUCCCCAAUACCCAACUAAUUGCUCGUUUGGGAGAGUAUGAUAGAGAAGAAUAUGAAACGUGCCAUGGGAGUUACUGCACCUUUCGAACGGAAGCUAGAGUGGAGCGGGGCUUUCGGCACCGUCUUUUCGAUCCAGAAACGAUGGCCAACGACAUUGCCAUCCUGCGACUAAUCAGGAGAGUGGAGUACACAGAUAACAUCAGGCCCAUCUGCAUUGUUUGGGACACCAGGUGGAGGAACUACAUCAACUCCAUAGAUCCGGUGACCGGCACAGGAUGGGGUAAAACGGAGUCUGAUGGUGAUAGUGGAAAGCUCAUGACUGUGGACUUGGCACGUCAGCAACCGGAGAUCUGCCAGCGUUUCAUCUAUCGAGCUCUUACGAGUACCAUGUUUUGCGCGGGAAAUUGGGAUAGCAAUCUUUGCAAUGGUGAUUCCGGCGGUCCAGUGGGUGCAAUGGUUCCGUUUCAAAACUCCCAGCGGUUCAUCCAAAUUGGAAUCGCCAGUUUCACCAACACCCAGUGCUCCAAGGCCAGUGCUUUCACGGAUGUCCUCAGCUAUGUCGACUGGAUCCUUGCCGUGCAUAACUACCAUCGCAGCUAUCCUUAAACAGUUUCAACUCAAUGUUCUUAUCUACUUGAAGAAAAAAUGUAAUAUAUAUUUGUGCUGGGUUGGAACUAUAUUUAAAGCUCCACUUCUAUAUCUAACGUUGGCUCUCCAGAAUUUUGUGUAAUUUAAACUUUCCCAGCAAAUCGCUGGCCGCCCUGGCAUUGUCAUCAUGCAAAUGCUUGCCAUGCAUAUUUAAUGCGAAACUUCCUUUUUUAAGCUAAGGAAAUGUGCGGAAAAACUCGAGUUGGCAGUAAACACUUUUCACGAUCAGUGGGCCAUAUAAAAGAAGUCCUCCCCUUUGAAUGUCCGGGAGUGAAUGCAUUACGCUAAUUAAUUCUUGAUAUACGGCGGAGGAGCUGUGGCCAAAACGAGGCCACAAGCCUGCAAGUGGGCUGUAAAAAAGAGAAGCCAGCAAUAAAGGGGCAAAAAAAAACGCAAAAAAGGAGGAAAUAAAAGUGUGUAAAAAAAGGAGUAGUAUCUACAUUUGCUCCAGUUUUUUGUAAGUGUGCUGCGACUGUUUCCGCUGCUGAUGCUACCCGUAAAUUUGCAAGGCAAUUAAAAUUUAGCUGGCUUUAAAGCUGUGACAGAUGCCGCGGUAAAACUUUAAUGAC